ACAUUCGGUGCCGUCCAAACCGUAGGAGAUACUAUCACCCCAUUCGUUCCCUUAUUCAGCAUGGUUACUAACAUAUCUGAAAAAAUGUUAUCAAUCCAUAAAAAUGCGGAAUGUAAUGAAAAAAUAUGCAUGGCUCUAUUAGAUCGUGUUGAAAUUGCACAAACAGCUGUUAAAUCAUUACAACGAAAAUAUCAGGCAUAUGAAGAAUAUUUUAGAAACCAAGACUAUUAUAAUACUUGGGUUAAGUUUGUUAAUGUUUUGGAUAAUAUUAGGAAAUUUGCUGAAGAAGUUACGCAAUUGUCAUGUUUGCAAAGGGUUUUAAAUCCAAAUACUGUUAAAUAUGCAUUUGAAAAGAAUAUUAAAGAAUUUGAAGAAGUUUGUAGCGAUUUAAGUUUCACCAUUGCUUUAUAUAAUCCUAAACAAAGAGAAAUGGAGCAAAAAGAUGUUGCAAAAGAUCUUGAGAUUAUGAAAAGG